UGCUUAAUACCAUCACAUGAUCUGCCCUGAGGCCUGGAGUUUUAUUAAAACAGAGAGGGGCACAGCAGAGCCCAGGAGACUGCUGUUGCUCUCUGAGGAUUAGACAGAAGGAAGCCCUGAUCAACCCCGGCUUGUGAGAACUCAGCAUGGAAAGUCUCCACAGGAUCCUGGGAUUUCUGCUGCUGGCUACAAGACUGCCCCUUGAUUCCACCAAACGGUUUCAUGAUGUGCUGGGCAAUGAAAGGUAUCCUGGUUAUAUGCGGGAGCACAACCAGUUACAUGGCUGGUCUUCUGAUGAAAAUGACUGGGAUGAAAAACUCUAUCCAGUGUGGAAGAGAGGAGAUCCAAGGUGGAAAAGCUCCUGGAAAGGAGGCCAUGUGCAAGCGGUCCUGACCAGUAAUUCCCCAGCACUGGUGGGCUCAAACAUCACAUUUGCAGUGAACCUCGUGUUCCCCAGAUGCCAAAAGGAAGAUGCCAAUGGCAACAUAGUCUAUGAGAAGAACUGCAGAAACGACUCUAGACUGUCUCCGGACCUGUACGUUUACAACUGGACAGCAGCCUGGUCAGAGGACAGCGACUGGGGCCCCGGCCCCGACGGCCACCACGUGUUCCCCGACGGCAAGCCGUUCCCCCGCCCCCACGGGUGGAGGAAGUGGAAUUUUGUCUACGUCUUUCACACGCUUGGUCAGUAUUUCCAGAAACUGGGACGGUGUUCGGUAAGAAUGUCUAUGAACACAGCCAACCUGACACUUGGCCCUCAGGUCAUGGAGGUGACUGUCUACAGAAGACACGGCUGGGCAUACAUUCCUAUCGCACAAGUUAGAGAUGUGUACGUGUUAACAGAUCAGAUUCCUAUAUUUGUGACCAUGUUCCAGAAGAAUGAUCGAAAUGUGUCUGAUGAAACCUUUCUCAGAGACCUCCCCAUUAUAUUUGACGUCCUGAUUCAUGAUCCCAGCCACUUCCUCAAUGAGUCUUCCAUUUUCUACAAGUGGAACUUUGGGGACAACACCGGCCUGUUUGUUUCUAACAAUCACACUUUGAAUCACACCUACGUGCUCAAUGGAACCUUCAACCUUAAUCUCACUGUGCAAGCUUCAGUGCCCGGACCUUGUCCAUCACCUUCCACACUUCCAAAGCCUUCCCCUUCUUCAGUGCCUGCUGGUGACAGCCCCCUGGAGCUGAGCGAGAUUCCUGAUGAAAACUGCCAGAUUAACAGAUAUGGUUACUUUGAAGCCACCCUCACGAUUGUAGAGGGAAUCCUAGAGAUUAACAUCAUUCAGAUAGCAGAUGUCCCGAGCCCUGAGCUUCAGCCUGACAACUCCCUGAUGGACUUCACUGUGACCUGCGAGGGCAUCAUCCCCAGGGAAGUCUGUACCAUCAUCUCUGACCCCGCCUGCCAGCUUGCCCAGGACAUGGUCUGCAACAGCGUGGAUGUGGACGAAUGCCUGGUGACCGUGAGAAGAGCCUUCAAAGGCUCUGGGAUGUACUGUGUAAACUUCACUCUGGGUGACAACACAAGUCUGGCCCUCACUAGCACCCUGGUCUCCGUUGCUAGCAAAGACCCAGCCUCCCCUUUCAGGAUGACAAAUGCUGCCCUGAUCUCAGGUGGCUGCUUGGCCGUCAUCGUCACCGUGAUCGCCGUCCUGGUGCACAGAAAACACAAGGAAUACAAACCAAUUAAAAACAGUACUGAGAAGGUGCUCAAAAGCAAAGGCCUACAUGUCGUCCUCAACGACACAAGGGCCGCAUUCUUCCUGGGAAACCAGGAGACGAACCCACUGCUCAAGGACUACGCGGGAAUUCUUUAAGUCUGCAGCCUUAUUUCUGUCCAACAGUCCACUCUUCAGUGCCGUUUAUGUGAACUGUACACAGGAAUGGAUCACUGUUAGCUCUUUUUUUCUGAAGAUUAUUGUAAAAUACAUACCCUGAUUUAGGGAAGUUGAAUGUUAAGGAGGUUGAAUUAAAUCACACUUUAGAGAAGUGAUAAAAUAACUUAGCAGUGCUUUUUCUUUCUUGUUGCAAUUCAUGAAUAAAUCGUAGGUGAGCAGUAGCAUAGAUGUCUUAUCUCCCAAGAGUAGGGAGAAGGCCUGUCCCUCAGACUCUGACCCAGGUUAAGUGGGAGGAGAGGCUGGGCACUUUCUAGCUGUCCAUAUAACCAUAUGCAUAACACCAGUGUAGUCCUGCCUGAAGAGCAGGUUCCAGGCCAACUGAAUCCCAUUUUGCCUAAUGUGCCCAAGGCCCUGGCAGAAUAGGUACAGGCCUGAGCCUUUUGUCUGGUGUGCAAACUUCUUAUACUCAGAAAACAAUGCUAAUCUAAUAAAAGGUGUGAGCACUGUAUUAUGGUGACAACCUGCCCUGCCCAGCUGAGUGAAGGAAUGAUACUCGUUUACCCAUGGAUGUUUAUUUAGUGCUUUCUGUAUACCAGACCUCAUGCUAGACACAUGGCCCUGCACUCAGAGUGGGCAUGUGGCUAUAUACCUGAAUUUCUGUACACUCUGGAGCACAGAUUUAGAACCAUAAGUUUUGACUUUCUAAAGGAGGGCCCUAGUUUUCCUACUAGUUUCUCUAUUUAAAUGAUUGGAACCUUGAUCAGUGAGGAUUUCACCCUAUCUGCAAUUAAAAUCAUCUGCCAUAUGUUAGACGACAUUCUUUUUCUCCCCUUCCUGAAAAAUAAAUAUGGGAAGAGACAAUACUGUGGUAUUGUCAUUGUUUUCCCAAUGUAUCA